CGUGCUCAAACAGAUCCAGUAAAUAAGUAAAAUAAUUUUUUUUUUAUAUUUAUGGAUAUUUUGGCAUAUUCUUUCACGGACUUUGUCGGUUUUAUAUACCGAACACUUCUCGGGAAAUUCAAAUAUCCUGAUCCGAUUAUUUUACACAUUUCAUUGUUACAUACUAUUAUUUCACUUCUUUUUGUUGGAGUACGAGUUUAUUUUAACAAUAUACGUAAUUUAUGAGAAAAAUACAACAGUAAAUCUAUGCGAUAGUUUCAUAUCUAGUUUUUUUAGCCCCAAAAUUUUACGCGCGCACAUCGCUAUAGUGGCCAAACAAAACAAAAAUGAGCCGGUCAAACAAAUUGUUUGGCGACAAAGCCUUUGAGCUACUCAAGGAGCUGGAGCGGUCAUCCCAAACCAUACCGGCUUUCGACGACGAUGGCGUUCGCCAAGUGCUGGAAGAGAUUAAGGCCAUAUUCGAGGAGAACGUGGCCCAGGCCUCGACCUAUAACACCUCCGGCGACCGGAGCCUCUGGCCCCUGCUAAACUUCCGACACGCAGCUCUGCAGCGAAACAAGCGAUGCCUUUUGGCCUAUCUCUAUGAGCGCUGCCGGCGCAUCAAGGCACUGCGCUGGGAGUUCGGACCCAUCAUUCCGGCGGACAUCAAACAGACUCUCUGCGAACCGGAGGUCCAAUUUUUUAAUAGCUACUCCAAGUCCUUGGCCGCGUACAUGUGCAGUGCCGGCUACAGCCAGGGUGCCGGUCAGGGCCUUGAUCUAACCAACAACCUGCGUCCGCCCAAAUCCCUGUACAUAGAAGUUCGCUGCAUGGAGGACUAUGGCAAAUUUGAGCUUGACGACGGAGAGGUAAUCCACCUAAAAAAGAACAGUCAGCACUACCUCCCUCGGGCCCAAGUGGAGUCCCUUGUGCGCCAAGGAAUCCUGCAGCACAUAGCUUAGACAUAUUUAUAAAAAUGAUUGUCGAUUUAGAAAAUAAAACUAGUUAUAAGCUGAUUUUUUGAGUGUUUUCAUCUUUGAUUAAAGUUUGUUCUUAUACAAGUCUUAUAUUUA